AUGUCGAUUCAGCACUGGAGAAUGGAGCUCAACGCCUUCGUUCAGAAGCACCGUGUCUCUCACCUUCUCGUCUACCGAGAUGCAGUACAAACCGGUCCACCUCAACGGCCGACUUGGACCGUCUCUGUCGUCUAUAAUGGCCACGAAUAUGGCAAGGGGAGCGCACUUUCCAUUGGGGAGGCCAAAGAACUCGCCGCUGAACAGUGCCUCCGCCGACUAUGCGGCGGUGCGUGA